AUGAAUGUCAUACAGGACUGUGGCAAUGCUGUGUCUGCUCGUCCACAGUUGCCCCGUGGGCUAUGCUUCACUCUCUCGGCUACUCGACGGUACAGGCCGAAUCUGGCAGUCUUGUUGGAGGGCCACUUGAACUUUGUCGUCGCGUUCAUGGGCUGUAUUAGCAUAAUUGGAAAGGUCUUGUUUACGCUUCCCUGCAGACCAGAUAGGCCCUCAGUUUACAAGCCGAACAAAGUGGGCUCUCUUACGAGGUCAUUGGUUGCCCGAAAUUGGGUCGUAAACGCUGAAAAAGUCAAAGUCAAGCCCAUCCAGUCAGACCGCCAUCCACCACUAUUGGCCGAAUGGCGAAAGAUAAAGGUUUCAUUUGUCACCAACCUCGAAGUUGUGAGUUGUGUGUGCGGUUGGUUGGUGGUGCUGUGGGCAAAUGGUAAAAUUGUCGCCGAUUCUGUAUUGCGCCGCGUGUCUAUCGGCCGGGGAGGUGAAAUGCAGGCACAUUUGCACGGAAUUCGGUGGGUCAUAACAUUUACAUUUUGGGGUUAA